AUGUUUGUAAUCCCCGGUCUGUUGAUAUGCAUCUGGCUGGUAUGCCUGGUCACCCAAGCAGUAUGGGGAUGGCAAGCCAAAAUACCAGGACCCUGGUAUACCAACAUCACAAGCCUAGUGCUAAAAUAUCACGAAUUUACAAAAAACCGUCGCCUAUGGAUCCAUGCAUUGCAUCAAAAAUAUGGACCAGUUGUUCGCGUUGCGCCAAACGAAGUCGCGUUUUGCAACAUGGAAGCAAUGCAAGAAAUCUAUCAAAGUAAGGGAAGCGGCUACGACAAGACUGAGUUUUACGAUCUAUUCAAGCAGUAUGGUCAUCGAACAUUGUUCACCACACUGAACAAGGCCAGUCAUGCUGCGAGAAGAAGAAUACUCGCAGAUAGGUAUUCUAUGACCAAUGUCCUUCGGGCACCAAUGCUGCAAGCGAUUGAGCAGAGGGCGUCAUAUGUUCUGAAAAAGUGCCAAGAAUCUCAGGGCAGCUAUUUGGAUAUCUACGUCGUACUGCAUUGCUAUGCUCUUGAUUGCGCAUCUCAUUUUCUUUUCAGCCCUGGAGGGACAGACUCUAUCAACAGCCCUGAAGACAUUAAACUAAUGCAGGAACUUUCGUAUCAUGAUAGCAUAAAGCAACGAUAUAUUCAGCACUACUGGCCAAUUUUCAAUAAAAUCCUUCCACUCUUCAGCUCCAAAUCAGUUCCUCUCUCAAGAGGCUAUGUUCUUAGGCAAAGCCAUCAAGAGAAGCCUCAUGAGGUAUCUCUCAUGCACAAAUUGCAAAGCAAUUCCUCUGUUCUUUCCACAAUUGAGAUGGCGGCCGAAUGCAUGGAUCACAUGGCCGCCGGGAUCGACACCACAGGCGACAGCCUUUGUUUUUUAAUGUACGAGUUAUCAUUACCGCGCUCUCAGCAUAUACAAGACCGGCUUCGGCAGGAACUUGUGAGUCAUACAGAUGCAAAAAUAGAUGAGUUGCCGUAUCUUGAUGCCGUCAUCAAAGAAGGAUUGCGUCUUUUCGCACCGAUUCCCAUGGGUUUGCCUAGGUAUGUCCCCGAUGGUGGCAGUUUUAUUUGUGGGCACAAACUUCCCGGAGGCUCUAUCGUGAGCUGCCAGGCAUAUUCGCUACAUUUAUGGAACACGGAUGUAUUCCCCAAUGCCGAAUCAUUUUCACCGGAACGGUGGCUGGAGAAAGAAGGCAAGGCUGAGCGUGACCGGUUGUUUUUUGCUUUUUCUGCUGGUGGGCGGGGUUGCAUUGGGAAGCAUCUGGCAAUGGUAGAAAUGAAAACAUUGUUGCGCAAAAUAUAUGAACAAUAUAAAACAACGGUUGCCUCAGAGAUGAAUGGCGAUAUGUCAAUUCACGAUCAGAUCAUAGCAUCGAGACCCAAAGACCAGACAUGUUUGUUGGUUUUUGAUCGAGAGCAUGAAAGUUAA